AUGGUACAAGAGCAUAAGAUCAAGACACCGAUCAAUGACCAGAUGUCACACAUUCAAUCUACAAUCAACAACAUACUCAAAGAGAUCAAAGACAUCAAUCACAUAAUCAACAAGGAGCAUCCCAUAAUACACCAUUUGUAUGAUGUUGAUGGUGAUCAUCGUGAUGAAGUCGAUAUGUCCAAGGUAAUAGAGUCAAUCAUAUCAUGCUCAUCAGUUGAUCAAUACAUCAAGGACAAUAUGGAGAAGACGGAUAAUAGAUCGCCAGAUAUGGUUAAGCUUAAUGACGAUGAGUUGUUGAAGAUGAUCAAUCGUCAUAUUAUUGAAUACAUUGAUCAGAUGCCUUAUGAUGUUGUUGCCACAACUAGUUUACAAGCAUAUCAAGUCAACAUUAAUGCUGACAAGUUCAUUGAUAUCAGAAAGCAGAUUGAGUCAUGCUUCAAACUCAUUGAACCUCUGCCUCAUCUUCCAAGACAACAACUCAUUCCUCACAAGUAUGACAACCACAUCAUGACAUUGAAGGCCAACAAAUGUUCGUUCUUCUCAUUGGCCACAUCGGAAUGGACAUCGAUCGAUCGGGCCUUCAAUAGGUCAAUAGAAUGGGUGUCGACAUCUGUCGUCUACACACGCGGCAAUGUCUUUGUAUUUGGUGGCAAGGACCCCAUGAAGGAAUACACACGCUACUCGCUGGCCGACGGACAGAGCCAUGAUUCCGCCAUGUAUGGAAUCGAUGGUGGCGAUUGUAUCUCAGCAUGCUACGAUGGCGAUCAUCAUAUAUAUAUCAUUGGUGGCUAUGACAAUGGUGUGUACUUGGAUCGAGUGGAUUGCAUGGACAUUGACACACAGCUGUUCAAACAAGUCGGACGCCUACCCUAUCCCCUGGCAUUCCCAUUCACAUUCAUCCACGAUGGAUCGAUCAUCAUUGUGGGUGGCACCAUGCAUGUGUUGCUAUGA